UUUGAGUCGUAAUGUUGAAAAGUGCGGCAACCCUGCAAGCAUGUGUUCUUUAGUUAUCGAUCUGGCAACGCCGGAACUCGUUUCUUUCUUUCGGUGGUUCUUCCUUCGUUACAAUGACGAAGGGAACGUCAAGCUUUGGAAAGCGGCGAAAUAAAACCCACACAUUAUGCAGAAGGUGUGGGCGUAGUUCGUAUCACAUCCAAAAAUCGCAGUGUGCUCAAUGUGGGUAUCCCAGGAAGAAGAUGAGGUCAUACAACUGGUCUAUCAAGGCUAAGAGGAGGAAGACCACUGGAACCGGUAGAAUGCGCACAUUGAAAAUCGUUCGCCGCAAGUUCAAGAACGGUUUCAGAGAAGGCGUGCCAAAACCAAAGGUAGCCGUCGCUGCGAAAUAAUUGUAUGGACUUUAUAUGUAAUGGAAUAAUUAAAACUUGUAAUAAACAUCACGACUUUUCCAUGCA